GAUAUUUUAAUGUUUUUAUUCGUUUAUUUGUAAAAUGUUUUAAAGACAUCUUUGCGAAUUGAUUUCAAUCAAAAAGAAAACAUAAAGUCUCAAUAGCUGUUAGAUAAAUACACCAAGAAUAAUAAGCUUUCCGCAAAAUCAUGUGCAUUUUUUUUUUUUGUCGUUGUGAUUUUAUGUGAUUUUUUUCGAAGCUUUUAAGUGGAUAUAAGUGAAAAAGAAACGAAAAUUUAUUAAUGGAAAAGACAUUGAUUGAAUUUUUCCUUGGCAUCGGAUAUAUAAGGAUUAUAUAAAAAAAAUUAGUUCAGAAAAUCGUUAAAUGUACACCGGACUGUAUUGGAUUAAUUGAGUUAUUUGUCAUCGCUUGGAAUUGAUAUUGGAGCGAAACAACACAAAAAACAUAAUCUUUCAGUCCAAACCGAAUAGUGAGUUAACGUCAUAGAGAAGGUGAUCGAGCGCAAGUGAAAGAGAUCAUUGAAAAACUUGCGGAAGAGAAAGAGAGAGAGAAAAUAGUUUUUGUCGCUUCGAUUGUGGACUCUUGUACAUACAUAUAGACGUUUGGUGCUAUACACAAAUCGCUAAGUGGAACCAACGAAAAAUAAAACAACAACAACAACAAAAGAAACAACGACUGCACACAUCCAACACGAGAGAGAGAAAAACCUUAAACCAUCGAACGAACCAACCGACACGAAAUAUAUUGGUUUUGCACUUACAGCAAAACACAUCGAUCCACCAGUUUGCUUAAGCAGUCCGUUUCAUUCAAUUCGUAUCUUCUGCACUUUGGUGACUCUUGUUAGUUGUGUGUGUGUUUACUGUGUGAUCGUGAACGAAUGCGCGCGCGUAUUCGGGCUCUUUCGCAUAUUCGAUUUUGAUUCAGUGUGUGCUCUGCUAUCCGUACGUGUUUCAUCCACUUCGUGUGUCUUGUUUUGUAUAUCGAAUACAUGAACUCAAAAGAAAAAUAUAUACAAUAACAACAACAACAACAACAACAACAAAGAAAAAAAAAUUAUAUUUCAAGUGUAAACACCAGAAAAAAAGUGAAACUCUAUGAUUUCGAAUACAAACGUUAAACAAGAUUAAAAGUGAAAUUUUCGUUAAAGUCUUUCUUAGUUCGUUGGUUUGUCUUUGACAGUGGUUCUGGUUCGCUGUCACCGCUUGAACUUGCUUUAUGGUUUCAUUUAACCCAUAAGUCUAUCUAGAUAGUGUGUGUGUGUAUGUAUGUAAUUUUCAUCUCUUUCUCGUUGCCGCCGUUUUGCAACGAAAAUAAUAACAACAGCCACAAAAAUAUUUUAAAUGAUCCUUCGACAAAUUGCCAUUGUUUGACAUUUUAAGCGCACAACUUGAUCGACACUUACAAUUUUUGAAGGUUCAUCGUUAAAAGCUCAUCAAUUCUUAAUUGAAAAAGAAAAUAAAAUGUACUAACACUUCCGUGAUUGGAUUUGUGUAAACCAUUCGUCUUAUUGAUUGGCAAUACUUAAAAGUUCAGCAGUAAAGCUUGUCUGCAUCGCACACGGUUCAUCAUCAAUUAUAAUCGGUUUUAUAAUCAACAUCAGUGUAGUCAAAAGUGCAUAUAAUCAGCUGUAGUUUACUAACAGUGCCUGUUGCGUGUGCGUGAAUGCGUGUGGAUGCGUUUAAAUUUUGCGCGUUCAUCAUUAUAAAUCGUCCACUAAAUAAACAGAUAGCCACCAAAACGGAGAAAUAAUGCCCAAUAAUCGAUUACGACGGUAAAUUGGGUGUCUAUAAAUGCGUGCGUUGAUGGUACAUCGAACACACAUUGUGCUAAAUUGUUGUUGUGGAAAUCAGAGUUUACUCGCGUAUGCGCAACAUCAUCAUCUAUUUAUUUUCGAAGAAAAGCGAACCGGAUAUUUUUUUCGCAUAGAAUCAUGUUAGGUCCCAAUAAAUGGAGACUUUUAACAAUUGUAGCUGGUAUUCUAUUAGCGCAUGCCAUUGAUUCACCAAAUCGAACAGCUCGACGAAUAAAUGAGCCAACCAGUCAACAACAACAACAACAACCGCGCACAUUUGCCUCAUUUUCAACAUCAUCAUCAUCACUGCUAUCACCAUCAAAUGAACCAGUUGCAGCAGCUGCAUCAUCAUCAUCAUCGCCAACAUCCACACACUUAGGUUUAACAAUAGAAACAGUUGCACCAACACGGAAUAAUUUAAAUAGUUAUAGAAAUAGUUAUAGUGAACGACGCUUAGCUAGAAAUUUGUAUACACCAUAUAAACGGUUUUCAAAUAUCGACAAUGUUCGAUUUAUGGAACGCCGUCAAACGACUGGCUAUCGAAGUAAUAUCCUUGAUCGUCACACAACAUUUGGUGCAUUUCGAUAUGCAUCGCCCGUUAUCAAUGGUCACGGUGACAUCGGUGUUGGUGUAAAUACAGCGAGACGACGAUCGGACGUUGUUGAUGCGUCUGCAUUUGAUUAUGCAAAUACAACGCUAUCAAAUCCAUUGGAUGAUGAUAGCAUUGUUACAACAAUAAAACCAACCACAUUACAAGCGAUAAAACGUCGUAAAUACAAGUACAUUCCAUUGAUUACAAAUGGCAUUAAAGGUGUGAAUAAAAAAUUAGAUUUUGAUUUUGAGUCGACCACAUUGCCAGAGCUUGAAAUUCGAUCACGAACGGAUUUGAAUUUUUAUGCCGACGAUGGACCCGAAUCAAAAAAACCAACCAACGAUAAACCAGAUAAUGAACCAUUGGCCGAAGGUUCUGAAACAUUGCCACAAGCAUUGGCAUUAAAAUCGACAUUUCAACGAUCGCAUAUUUCGAAUAAAGUUGCAUUUCCAGAGCCAACAUUCGAAACGCCCGCAUCGACAACGAUAACACAAACAUCAGAUCUUCAGGGUCGUCGAUCGGGUUUAACGUUUACACAACAAACACCAAAAUUUGAUCCACCAUUCGUACCACAGUCGUAUCAGGAAGAUGAUCCAAAUCAUCCAAACUUUCAAGUUCCGUACAGUGAAGAACUAUCACCACCCGAACCAACCGAAAUUCGUACAGCACGCGGUGUUCACUAUGAUAAUUAUGCACAUCGUUCAGCGUCAGUGGUUCAAUUUCCGGGUCCAAGUACAAAUCAUAAUGGUAAACCAUUCCGAGAUGAUGUCACUAAAUUUGGCGAUGUUAACGGACCAAUUACAUCGUUGCAACAACGACAAUUCAACGAUUACUAUGAUGGUCUUCGAACUUAUGAGAAUAUAUACUAUUCAGAUGACUAUCGUCGACCACGUCAAUAUCCAAAUCGUUCGCCAUACUAUGAUUUUAAUGGCGAAUAUUCAGGGCAACCAUUACGAUCACGUCUCAUUGUACCAUACAAAUCAUCACGAACACCACGCGUCAUUUUUCCCACCAACGAUAACCUUCCCACUGGACUAUACGCUGGCGAAAAUUACAGUAAUAAUGAUAACGUUGUUUUUAGAGAUCAAAAUUUUGGAUUAAAUGAGCUGGCCGCAAUCCAGGAUGUUCGUAACGAAUACAAUUUACAGGACAUAACUGACGAGCCACCAUCAUCAUCAGCAACAACAAACGAUCGCGGAGAUGCUGUAAAUCGUGAAUUGCAAUGCCAACACGAAGGCGGGUCGUGUGAGUUUUUUCUAACGUGUUGGAUGACAAAUGGAUUGUUGCAAGGUACAUGUGGCGGUGUUUUACGCGGUUGCUGCCAUCGCAUUGCCAAAUCGGCAAAUUCCGGUGCAAACGAUAUCAUUGAUCUCACAGAUCUUCCAAAUAAAGAUUAUGGACCGGUCACUAAUGAUCCUAGUUGUGGCAUAUCAUUGGCAAAGCAAACAGCACAACGGCGAAUUGUUGGCGGCGAUGAUGCCGGUUUUGGUUCGUUCCCAUGGCAAGCUUAUAUACGCAUCGGUUCAUCCAGAUCUUUGCUUUCCAGAUGUGGGGGUAGUUUGAUAUCACGACGUCAUGUCGUAACGGCUGGUCAUUGUGUGGCACGGGCAACGCCGCGUCAAGUGCAUGUUACACUUGGUGAUUAUGUGAUUAAUUCGGCGGUUGAACCGUUGCCAGCAUACACAUUCGGCGUACGAAAAAUCGACGUGCAUCCAUACUUUAAAUUUACACCACAAGCUGAUCGAUUUGAUGUGUCCGUUUUAACGCUUGAACGACCCGUUCACUUAAUGCCACAUAUUGCUCCGAUUUGUUUACCAGAGAAAAAUGAAGACUUCUUAGGCAAAUUUGGAUGGGCAGCUGGAUGGGGCGCAUUGAAUCCAGGAUCGCGUCUCAGACCAAAAACAUUGCAAGCUGUCGAUGUACCAGUUAUUGAAAAUCGAAUUUGUGAAAGAUGGCAUCGAUCGAAUGGCAUCAAUGUUGUUAUUUAUCCGGAAAUGUUAUGUGCCGGCUAUCGUGGUGGUGGCAAAGAUUCUUGCCAGGGAGAUUCGGGUGGACCAUUGAUGCACGAGAAAAAUGGGCGCUGGUACUUAAUCGGUGUUGUGUCAGCUGGUUAUUCGUGCGCAUCACGUGGUCAACCUGGAAUCUACCAUCGAGUACCGUAUACAGUGGAUUGGAUUUCAUAUGUUAGCAAUUUGAACAAAUAAUCCACAUUGCUGAAAAUGUUCGAAUGAAACAAAAUCCAAAUGGGCUAAAAUCACAAGAAAAUUUGCUUUAAUCGAUCUAUGGAUAUGGAUUUUAUGACAAAAAUUACAACCCAUAAUACGACAAGCCAAUAAAAGAGAAUCAUCUCUCAAUGCAAAAAAAUUGAUUAAAAAUGUCUCUCCGCUUCUAAAUUGCUUUUACGCAACUUAUUUUUAUCGGAAUAAUUUCUCUAGUUUUCUUUUUAAAUUGCUCU